AUGAGGUCCCUGGGAGCAAUUAUUUUCAUAGCAUUCAGGCCUAUCAUCAAAAUAUAUUUGAUAUUAGCUGUGGGAUUUAUCUUGGCAAGAAAGAACAUCUUGACCAUUGAUACAAGCAGAAAUAUCAGUUAUAUUGUUGUGAGUGUUCUCUCACCUUGCUUGAAUUUUGCCAAAGUGGUGACAUAUCUGGAUAAUUCCUAUAUCAGACAAAUUGGUACUAUUGCAAUCAGCUCUUGUCUCGUUUUUCCUGGACAAGCACUAGCAACAUUUGCGUUCGGAAUUCUCGCGGGAUCCCCCAGAGCAUGGUGGGGAGGCAUGUUUCUUUGUGGAAUGCUUCCAAAUAUUAGUGACCUCCCAAUUGCAUACGUGCAAAGUUUGGCGUCAGCAGACAUCUUUUCCAACACUGAUCUAGGUGUGGCAUAUAUCUGCAUUUAUGGUGCGGUAAUGAAUCUUAUCCAGUUCAACCUCGGUGGAUACAGAAUUGUGGGUUUCGACUUCCCGGACACUCAUCUGUCCGGUUUCAGGCCAGACCCGGAGAAGCAAGUCGUCUCCAAGGGCAAUUCGACGAUUACUGCUACUUGCUCAACUGCAGGUACUAAUGGGCGGGAAGAAACUGAUUCAUUGCGAAGCCACGCUAUUGAAAGUUUGGAUUCAAAUGAAGAUAAUGCUAGCAUUCAACCAGAUUGCAUAGAAUCACCUCUUCGUGGUGUUCACCGCACAAAAAGUGUGAUCGAUUCAAUAUAUCACAAUAGAGACAAAAAUGUAUCAAAAGAAGGACUGAACGACAUUGUCAAAGUGUAUUCCAAGUUUAACGACAAUACUGAUAAAAAGAUUGAACCGUCGAGUACGGUCAGUACAGCUCAUGAGAACAGCUAUAAGCAUUACCUGAGCGAAUUUAUGUCAACUUUUAUCUCAAACGCGACAACACCAGCUUCUAUUAGUACAGUACUGAGUCUUGUUGUCAGCAUGAUACCUUGGGUGAAGGCAAUAUUUGUCACAACGCACCAAGCCCAUAUUCAUUCCGCUCCAGAUGGUCAACCACCGCUGAAAUUUUUGAUGGAUUUUGUCGAAUAUCUCGGGCAGGCUCAGGUUCCACUAGGACUGUUGCUUCUUGGUGGUACCAUAGGCAGGCUUAAAGUCACCGAAGUUCCACAAGGCAUAUGGAAAACCGUUCUUGCACUAGUUUGUUUCAGGCUAUUCAUCUUUCCUAUUAUUGGUUGUGCUUUCAAUUCUAAACUUCACUCUGAUGGUUUGUUUUACGGAGACAAGUUGCUUUACUUUAUUUCAAAUAUAACAUAUUGUCUUCCGCCUGCUACAUCGGUACUAUAUUUUACUGCAUUCUACUCUCCGUCAGAUACAUUACAGACUCUACAAAUGAAUAUUUUGGCAUUGGUAUACAUUGCACACUACGUUUGCCUUAUAGUUUGUCUUCCUUUUGUGGCCUCAUACACUCUGAAAAUUUCGUUGGAUGUCUAG